GUCCAUAGACUCACUGAAAACAUUAUUGCAACACUGCAAUGUCAGACGUCAUUUCAUUUAAAUUGAAAACAAUUUAAAUAAACAUGGAAGUUAAAGUAAAUAAACAGUUUUGAAAUAAUGCUUGGAUGUAGUUUACAUUAGUAUUGAAAUUGAAAAAAAUGGCAGGCGAACUGUUGAGUGGUUAUCUGGACGUAAAGAUAUCGUCGAAAUCAAGAAGAGGAUUCACGCCUUGGAAGGCAUGGCAAAAACAGUGGUGCGAGAUUAAACGACUGGACAGCAUAGAAAACGGGCUGGAACUGAAGUUGAAAUCUGGAAAAGAAGGCAGUGUCUUGAACUGUAUAACAUUACCCAGAUCUUCUACGAUUUGCAGGACAGACUCUAGAACGAAAAGAUAUGCUUUUGGCGUUUUCAACUUGGGUCGCAACAAAAAACCUCUGAUAUUUCUGUCAGGAAACUCAGAAUCGAAUUCACAGCAGUGGAUGUCUUCAAUCAGGAGGAUACUUAGCAUUGCAUCUUACAUACCAGUUGGCAAUGCAAACUUCCGAGUCUCCUUGGUCGACAACGAGCAUUCCAGAUCAGCCGGUCUUGUUGGACUAUUUGGCGUGCUUAGUAUUACCCAGCAGGAACUGGUUAUAAGUGAUCCUUGCACUGGAGAACAAAAGUUGUCUUGGAAAUGGUUUCAGUUUCACCAGUUCCAUCAUCAGGCAGCGACUCAACCGAUUGAUGAAAAAAAAAUAAUUGUGAUGCACACCAGCGGUGAAUUCUCCGUUGGCCCUGGCCAGUUAUAUCUCUACUGUAAUGACGGGUCUACCCUGCUUCAUUACCUUGUCGCCAGAGGCCAGUUGACUAACACGGGCUCCUGCUAUGUGAACAAAAGGCUCAGUCGUAGCGAAGGUGAUAUAUACUGUGCCGCUAAUGGAGCCCAGUCCUGCGAUAUGCCCUCGUGUUUUCAUAGCCAAAGUGGCAGCGAAGAUUCUGGAAUCAGAGCGUCUAUUGUUUCGGACGAGUUCGAGUAUGUUAUGAAGUGUGCGAACACAGAGAGCAUGAAUAGUAUCGGAUAG